AAAAUACCCAAGACUUGUUUAUUUAUGAACAUGGCAGCUUUUUUUUCUUUCUUUUUACGAUUAAAGUUUUUAAUUAAAUCCUUAGCAAGUAAAGAAGCUUCACGCUUUGCUGUUCUUGAAUCUUGAAACCGCUUUGUGUGCAUCGGUUCAACAUCCAUUGGCGUAACCACCCCAACCCACUCUUCCUUACCAUAAAUCUAUCUGCCUUCUUUAAAACCGUCAUCAGUUACUCCUCUAAAUUUUGCAUACAAGCAUUUCUGGAUCAAUCCCAGAUCUCUUGAUUUCAAAGGGGCAGAUAAGGAACCGCUUCCUUGAAUUGGGCAGAUUUCUCUUUUCGUUGAGCUUCUGUCUUGUUGUGUGCUUAAAGACUUACUGUUUCAACAAUGCUGGGAGAGAGCAACAACAACAACAAUGUUCUUCCCGUUUUCCUGGACCAGAGUGGCUUCAAGUACCCUACUAAUGGAUCAAAUCAGCUCCAGUUGUUUGGUAACUAUGCAGCACCAGUUGGUUUCAACAUCAGCCCCACAAAUUUCUUUGGUAGCGAACAUAACACCCCUCUGGUCAGGCCAAACAAACGGGGCAGAGAUGCAGAGAACAUUCCUAUGCAGCAGAUUCUUCCAAUAUCCAUGAAUAAUAAGAAUAAUAAUAAUAAUUUUGGUGUUGAUGAAGCUGAUCAACUGGUGAGGAUGUCCACACACAACCAAGUCUCAACAGGUUUAAGGCUAUCAUAUGAUGAUGAUGAACACAACUCUUCUGUCACAUCAAAUGGAUGUAUGAAUGCUCCAUCAUCAGUUAUGUUGGCUUUAACAGAAGGCCUUAAAACGGAACUUGACCACCAAAAGAGAGAGUUUGAUCAGUACCUCAAGACUCAGGAAGAGACUUUGAAGAAAGGGCUUCGGGAGAUAAAGCAAAGACAUAUGGCUUCUUUUCUGGGUGCCAUACAGAAAGGCAUCAGCACAAAGCUACGAGAGAAGGACCUCGAGCUAGAGAACAUCAACCGAAAAAACAAAGAACUCGUCGAAAGGAUGAAGCAAGUGGCUUCUGAAGCCCAGAAUUGGUGUUACAGGGCCAAGUACAAUGAAAGUGUGGUUCAUAUGCUGAAAACCAACCUUCAACAGGCGUUGCAUAAUGCAGCCGAUCAAGAAGCCAAAGAAGGGUUUGGCGACAGCGAGAUGGAUGACGUUAACUCUGGGAUUUACCCGAACUUCGGCCUUAGCAUGGCCGGUGUGGGCCCUCCUGUGCCGAAUGGGUUUACUAUCGCUUGCAGAUUGUGUAAAGCGAAAGAAGUCUCAGUGUUAUUGAUGCCUUGUAGGCAUCUGUGUGUGUGUAAAGAAUGUGAUGGGUCGGUGGGGGAGUGUCCUGUGUGCACGACGGUUAUAACCACUAGUGUCCAGGUGUAUCUGUCAUGAUGAUGAAAUUCCGACCUACCUACCGUAUAUGGCACAGUUGAAUGAGUAUAUUAUUAAUAUUAUUAUCACAUACUCCGUAAUAUUUAACUUAAAACCAUCUUUAAUUUUUGUUUUAUGUUUUUUUAAUAUGAAAUGUAACUGAGAUGUAUACAUAUAUGUAGCCUCUACCAAUCGCUCUGGAGCUGCAUUUAAAUGGUACAAAGUACAAACAUUAGAAACUAAGAGCCAUCCUAUUAUUCGGCUUAUCAGCCUUAUCAGUUAAAUUUUUCACCAAAAACUUUAGUUUUUUAGUUGGAUUGAUUGAAUUUAUAGUGGAAGAUUAUUUUAACUAUUUUUCAAUUUUUUAUUUUAUUAAUAAAAUGUAUUUGAAAUAUAAUUUUUUUCAUAAUUAAGCAGAAUUGGCCAAUCCAGUUUCUUCAGCAAAAACUUCAUAAAUUUCAGUAGAAUAAGUCGAUUCGUCCAAUUUCAGUGUUACUAAAUAGACUCUAAAUGUUAUACUAAUAAUAAUAAAGAUUCUCAUAUAUAGUGAAUUGUUGAAAGACAUAAGGGUUUAGGUUGAAUUGCUUGUCUAAUUCACUAAUUUUAAGUUCUAUUUAUACAAGUAUACAACUAGGAGGAGAGCAUAUAAUGUAUGCUACUACGUAUUUACUAACUACAAUUCAUAAUUUCAUACAAUAUAUUCUAUGGUUGUAGUUGAAAUAUGCAUUAAUAAGAAGAAUAACAAUUAUAGUUAUUUGGGAAAAGUGUCAAAUAGAUCCCUCUACUAUUGCGAAAAUGUCAAUUACACCCACCAACACCAAUAUCCCUCAAUUAGACCCACUAACCAUUAAAAACCUGUCAAAAUGUUAUUUUAGCAGGUAUCCUCCAAGUACCCGGUUAUAUUGCGUUUGUGGCAUCUGACAUGGCACUUUUUUUCUUUUUCCUUAUUUUCUUUUCCUUCCUUCCUUCUUUCCCGCUCCCUUUCUUCUUCUUCCUGCAUCUUCAAAUCUGCAACUUCUCCCUUUGUUUUCUUUUUGUUUCUUUCUCUUUCCCACCCAUUUUCUUUCUUACUCUUCCCAAUCAAUUUCUUGCUCGCACCGUCGCAAGCAUCUGGUCUAUGUGUCCUCUACGAAUCCGAGCACUAGAGUCCUCCGAGCCGCCGCGUCACAGCUGGACCCGUAGAGGUUGCACCGCGAGAAAUCGCCGUAGGCCGUAGCGGCAGAUUCACUCGACGCAGCCGUCGCAUCUCGUGUGUCGUUCGUUGACCUAGCUGAAGGCGUCUGUUGCGUCCUCCUACUGCGAUGGGAGGCAGUGCUCCAGCCUCCAAGGCGUUACGAAGUCGACGGCGAUCUCUAAAGACCUUGUUGCAGCCCUCAAUCCCUCAUGAACAAUGGAGUUAGCUGUCCGGAGGUGUACUGCGUUGGGAAACAAAAGGAAAAAAAAAAUAUAAAUGUCAGACAUAAUUUACCUGAGAAUGGCUGAGAAGUAAGAAAGCUAACAGAUCGGACUGGUGUAGUUGGUAGAGCCGCAG